CUCAGUCUUCCAUUGGAAGGGAUAUCUGUUCUUUGACCUUGCGCUGUGGUUUCUGAAAAUUCCUCCUGGUUCAAGAUUUCAAUUUCUAUUUGCUUCGUUCACAGUCACCCGCAAAACCGACGGACCCUCAGUUCAAAAUCGGAAAUUUAGAGCAACCCAUCUUCCAUUUUCCUCCAUUGAAGUCUCAGCAAUGGACUCCAUCAAUUUCUUGAAGGGCUAUGGCAAAGUCAACCCCGCUGACCAGCAUCCUCCUCAACAUCCUCCAAGGCCUGCCCGGAGGUCUCUCCUCCUCGCCGUCUCCCUCUCUGCCCUCCUCCUCCUGACUCUGACCCUCGGUCUCCUCCUCGGUGCCGUCGUCCAUGACUCCGCGGCCGAGCCGGCGGAGUCCUCCUCUCUCGCGUCCAACUUAACCGAGUCGAUCAGGGCAGUCUGCGGCGUGACGCAGCACCCGGACUCCUGCUUCUCCAGCUUGUCCUCCCUCAACUGCUCGAUACGACCCGACCCGGAAUCCAUCUUCAAGCUCUCUGUCACCGCCUCCCUCAAGCAGCUCUCCAACGCCUCCUUGUUCGUGAAGCAGCUGAAGGAGAGCUCCAACGAUGUGCAUUCCAAUGGUGCUUUGGAGGACUGCGCAACCCAGCUCGAGGACGCCCUCAGUCGACUCAAUGAUUGCGCCUCGGCGAUGGGGACAGGGUCGGGGGAGAACGUCCUGACAGAGGUGAAGAUCAGCAACAUCCAGACGUGGGUCAGUGCCGCCAUGACCGAUCAGGAAACGUGCUUGGAUGGGUUGGAGGAGAUGGGAUCAGCGGUUCUAGAUGAAAUCAGAGCUAAGCUGCAGGGGUCGAAGGAAUCGAUGGGCAACAGCUUGGCCAUUGUGGCCCACAUGAAGGAUCUGCGCGAGAAGUUCAACAUGGACUAGAAGCCAAUAAGUUCUCUGGCUUUUGUGUCCAUGGUUCCCCUAUAUCGAUGAGUGUUACACGGUUUAUACUACAUAGGUAUAUGAUCAUAAAUGGCUAUUCUGUUCAUGUUGUUGUUAUUGUAGAAUCUCUGCUGUUCUUGAUUGCUUGUGAAACGGGAUACUGAAAAAUUGGGUGAUGAAAUGACCAAAAGUGAGUUUCAGACUGACUUUCUGCUCAGUGAUUCAUUCAUUUACCAUGUUAUGGUU